AUGGAUAUCAGGUACACUGAGUUACUGUAUGCUAGUUAUCUAACUCAUAAUGAGUACACAAGGCUGAUAAAAUACUUUUGUGACUAGGUCAGUCAAGAGGCAUACGUGUAAUAUAUGUUUUCCAUUUGUGUUAUAGAAAUGACUAUUUCAAAAUGAAUGAUCAUGACCUGUUUUUAUGGUCCUUCAAAUGCAAUAAGCUGUUUGCCAUAUGACCCAUUACUGACACUUACAUGUAUGUUUGAUACAAAAAAAAAAGAAAUCCUGAAAACUAUUUUCUUAUUGUUUUCUUUAGCUUUCCAGGUAGAAGAGGAAUUAGAAAGAAUUUAAAAAUUCAAAAAGAAAGUUACAGGACAAGUAGAACAAAUGCUAAAUCUAACUGGAGAAGGCAAGUUGUCAAAUUAAAAGCAUUUCUCUCUCAGAGGUUCAGUAUUGCUGAGCAGGAAGUCACAGGUAAAGUACCACAACAAAUUUCAUGGUGUAUAAAAAUAAAAAAAUUUGCCAGAAUGCUGGCUAGUUUACAGUAUUGUGACAACAAAUUCCUGUCUGUCUAAAGUGUUUAAGACAUUCUUUCAGGUCUGUCAGAUAAAGUCACAAUGAAUAAAGGGUGACAGUCCAAAAAUGCUUUGAACUUUUUGACUGGGAGCGUGUCAUCUCUCCACUGAGGUCUAUGUUUUACUUAGCUCUUCUGUCUGAUGUCUGUGUUUAGAGCGGACCAUCUAAUCAUGUUUAAUUGUUGCAGUGUGACAAUGUUGAUUUAUGCAACAUGGCAGCAGUGUUAGCUUUCCUUUUGUAGUAAUAUUUGUUGCAUCUAACAAAAUAAUUUAUUAAUUUUUGCAUUUUGUAGAUACUGAUGUGCUGAAUAACUUCAGUAAAGUAUUUCCAACAGUCUGUAAAAAGAAAAAAAGAGCUGCUCAAAGUCAUUCCCCUUUUGUCAAGCUGACGUCUUCUGAGGUAAAAUUGCAUUCCUAGUAUGUUUCUUUAUGAAAACUGAGUGUACGAAGUUUAGCUGGUUGUACUUUAAAGAACAAUAAUUAGAAAUGCCUCCCUGUGAAUCAUGUCCUUCUUUGCAUUUUACUUCAAGGAAAGUCCAACAUAUUUGUCUGCAGCAAAAGAGCCAAACAUUCUAGUCCAUGAUGAUAAAGACAGUGGAGAUGAUAAUCCAAACAGCCCAUACAGUCUUAUGAUUGGAGAACAUUUAUACUGUCAAGUUACCAAAAGUGACAAUACAUUAGGCCACUGUUUAAUUCAACUUCUUGCCCUGUAUUAA